AUGACAACUCAUUCGUGCAAAUACUUAUUCAAGCAAGUUAUUAAAUCAUGUAAUACAACAUUUAAUUCGGAUGUAGAAGCAAAACGGAAUGUAUUAAACGAUGUCAAAAAUAUGAUCAGGGAACAAAUAAAAAUAAAAGAAGAAAACGAUAUUAAACAACAAUUAAUUGAAGCAAAUGAUUUUAUUAAAAAUCAUAUAAUUCAAGCGGUUUAUAAUAACAACACUGGAAAUUAUAAAGUUGAAUUAAAAAAGGAGCAAGUCCAAAGGGGAUCUAUAACAUUAGGGACUAAAAUAGAAAACAAGUUUCCAUUUUAA